AUGAGGACGUCGCAGGGGCCCGCGAAGCCGGAGGGGCGCGGUGUGACGUUCUCCUUCUCGAACGUGCCCCUCCCCGGCGUGGACGUCUCCGGCCCGGGGGGCAGGAGGCGCGGCAGCAGCCCGCUGGCCUCCAUGGGCGCCUCCGCGAUCGCCGUGCCCAGCGGGCUGCCGGGCAUGGACCCAAGAUCGCACUUCACGUUGCAGGAGGGGUGUGUCGGAUCGGGCAGGGCGGAGUCGAGAAAGGGCGGGAACCCGGUGGCGUGGGUGGCUCAGGGGGUGGAGGGGGCGCUGGACGAUCACCUUUUCAGCACGUUUCGAGAGAUGGACGCCAGCGGGCGGGGGCUGGUGUACGAGGCGGAUCUGUUGCAAUACGCCGCCAGGCACGGCCUGCCGACGGAGUACGUGCGGCACUUCAUCCAGGCGGUGAUUAAGGCCGCCUCCAGGGCCGUGAAUAAGGAGCCCAGCCGGCGGUCGUUCGACUACAAGGCCUUCCGCGCGUACGCCAACAGCCGGGAGGCCGCGCUGAGGAGGGCAUUCGACCUGUUCGACGUGGAUCGCGACGGCAGCAUUGACAGCGCCGAGCUGGAGCGCGGCCUGUCGCACGUGCGCGUGUGCUGCCCCAAGUCGGGGUGCGUGUACAAGAACAGGCAGCAGUGCGUGCGGGACCUGCUGGGGCGGGUGGACUUCGACGGGAGCAAGUCCAUCGAGUUUUGGGAAUUUAGGAAGUUCUUCUUGCUGCUGCCCCAAGACGACAUGCUGGUGGAAUACUGGCUGAGCGCACGGUCGGGCGCCAAGUGCGACAUCGCCGGCUGCGUGGUGCUGCGGGGGGAUGAGAAGGCGCGCGGGAAGCCGUGGGGCCACCUCUUCGCGGGCGCCAUGGCGGGCGUCACCUCCAGGACGGCCACCGCGCCUCUGGAGACGCUGCGCCUGCGCGGCAUGACGGGCGCCAUCCCCCUGGGCCUCUCCCCCAUGGACGCCGCCAAGUCGCUGGUCGAGCAGUCCGGCUGGCGCGCUCUCUACAGGGGCAACCUGACCAACGUGCUGCGCUCCGCGCCGCAGAAAGCCCUAGACUUCUUUGCCUUCGACGCCUACAAGACCGCGCUGGCCUCUGCGGUGCCCGCCGGCCCCCUGCACAGCCUCACGGCCGCCGGCCUCGCGGGCGCCACCAGCAACUUCAUCCUCUACCCCCUGGAGGUGGUGCGCAGCCGCCUGACCGUGGACGCCACCGCGCGCUACCGCGGCGUGGCCGACGCGCUGGUGAGGAUCGUGCGGGAGGAGGGCGCGCCUGCGCUGUACCGGGGCGUGGGCCCCAGCGUGCUGGCCAUCAUUCCCGAGGCCGCCAUCACCUACGGCCUGUUCGACCUGCUGAAGAAGUCCUACACCAAGCUCUCCGCCGGCCGGGAGCCCAGCAUCGUGCAAUCGCUGUCCUUCGGCGUGUUCUCGGCGUUCAUGGGCCAGGUGGUGGCCUUCCCGCUGGAGACGGUGUCCAGGCGGCUGCAGGUGCAGGGUGGUGGGGAGUUCAUGGGGGCGCUGAACAAUGUGCUGCGGGAAGGCGGGCCCAGGGCGCUGUACAGGGGCAUCGGGCCGGCGUGCCUGCGGGUGGUGCCCAUGGCCGUGGUGUCGUUUGGGACGUACGAGGGCGUGAAGCUGUGGAUCAACGCGCUGGAGGAGAGGGCGGACGCGCGGCGGGCCAGGAAGGAGUGCGGGAUGUGUCCGCAGCAGUGCUAUGGAGACUGA